CUUUUUUUUUUUUUAAAGCAACCUAUUGCACUCCACGCUACUUCCUAACCUCUCUCAUAGACCUUUUGCAUUUGGAAAGGAGCCUUUCUCAAUUACUGUAAUCCGUUAGCUUGAGAGCUGCCUGCAUCUUCUUCUUCUUUUUUUUUAAUCUGCUUCUUUCUCUGUCUUUCUUUUCUUCCCCACCUCCUCCAGCUGUAGCUUAGGAAAAGCCUUGCCCUCAAGUCUGGAGCACUUUCUGACAAGAGGAAAAACGAAUUUGAGGCAGCCAAGGGAAAAAAAACAACACACUUUCACAAAGGGUAAGCAAAAUUAUUCUCUCUCUCUGCUCCAACCCCCUCACCCCUCUCCAGCCCUGGCCCCUUGGAGUCUGCCAUUCCAGAAAGGCACAAAACCCGCACCAGGAUUGGGACCGCCGUGCUGUCGGGCUGGUGGUGCUGAGAACGGCUGCCAAGGUUGUUCCAGCUGAGAUUCCCACUUCCCUUGGAGUUGGAAAGCGCAGGGAGAAGAAUUUCAUCUGGAUCGUACCUAAUCUGCACAUCCAGGAUCAACACUCCAACCAAGUGCAAUGCUGCAGAGAACUGGCACAUGCUGAAGAAAGAGGUCCUACUUCAACAAACUUUAUACACCCUCCAUCCUCACUGCCUUCCAGAGAGUGGCUGAGGAUGACCACGAAGGAACCUGUAACAUCUCUUACAGUAGCAUAAGUGGUGGCUCAAAGAAAGAAAUGUUGGGGCAGAGUCGGUCAACUUGGUCCAACGUAGCUGACACUAUAAAGAGCACUGCCGCCCAUGAUGGCAACAGCCUGGAGUUUUUUGACCUGGACACUUGUCUCCGUCGUGUCUACGGGCAACCUUCCUGGCUACUCAUUCCAGUCACAAGAAGAAUUUCUCUCCAACCUCGACCACUACGAGAUUGCCUUCCCCAUCCAGGUGGAUCAGAAUGGUGACUUCCUCAGUUUUGAUAUAAAAAGCCAUCGGAAAUGGAGGUCUCGUCGGAGUACAGGCCACCCUUCCUAUGACAUGCCUGAACAGCAUGUUUUCUACAAGGUCUCUGCCCACCGGACCCAAUUCCUCCUCAACCUGACAUUGCACACCAACUUGCUGGCAAGGCACUUCCGAGUGGAGUACUGGAAAAGAGGUGGAAUAGACUACCAACAUGAAUUCCAUGAAGAUUGCCACUAUGCUGGCCAUUUACAAGAUGAGUACCUGAACUCAAAAGUUGCUAUCAGUAAUUGUAAUGGUCUGCAUGGUGUGAUAAUUGCAGAAGAUGAUGAGUAUUUUAUUGAACCACUGACACUCGGGGUCAAUAUCAGUGGGGAACAAGGAAGCGAAGGAAGUCCCCAUGUGAUCUACAAACGAUCGUCUCUCCAGCACCCACACAUGGACACUGCUUGUGGUGUGUUAGAUGAGAAGCCAUGGAAAGGUAGACCCUGGUGGUUGCGGACACUGAAACCUUCCCCUUUGAAGACCCUGGGCAACUUUUCUCAAAGAGGGCAACUGCCUCUGAAGAGGUCAGUCAGCACUGAGCGUUACGUGGAGACUCUUGUGGUGGCUGAUAAGAUGAUGGUGGGCUACCAUGGCCGGCGAGACAUAGAGGAAUACAUCCUGGCUAUCAUGAAUAUUGUUGCUAAACUUUUCCAAGACUCAAGUUUGGGCAAUAUCGUGAACAUUCUUGUAACCCGUCUUAUCCUGCUGACAGAGGACCAGCCAACCCUGGAGAUCAACCAUCAUGCUGGGAAGUCCCUCGACAGCUUUUGCAAGUGGCAGAAGGCUAUUGUGAGCCUCAGCAGUGAUGGGAACGCCAUUCCUGACAACGGCAUAGCUAACCAUGAUACUGCCGUUUUGAUCACCAGAUAUGAUAUUUGCAUCUACAAAAACAAACCCUGUGGAACUUUAGGAUUGGCCCCUGUGGGUGGGAUGUGUGAACGUGAAAGAAGCUGCAGCAUCAAUGAGGACCUCGGCUUGGCCACAGCUUUCACCAUUGCUCAUGAGAUAGGCCACACGUUUGGGAUGAAUCAUGAUGGUGUUGGAAAUAGCUGUGGAUCCCGGGGACGGGAGACAGCUAAACUCAUGGCAGCUCAUAUUACCAUGAAGACCAACCCCUUUGUGUGGUCAGCAUGCAGUAGAGAUUAUAUAACCAGCUUCCUGGACUCUGGAAUGGGACUCUGCCUGAAUAACGCUCCACCCAAGCAAGAUUUCAUCUACCCAACGGUGGCUCCAGGACAAGCCUACGAUGCAGAUGAGCAGUGCCGGUUUCAGUACGGAACAAAAUCUCGCCAGUGUAAAUAUGGGGAAGUUUGCAAUGAGCUGUGGUGUCUUAGCAAGAGCAACCGGUGUAUCACCAACAGCAUUCCAGCUGCAGAAGGGACCAUUUGCCAGACUAACACCAUUGAAAAGGGGUGGUGCUAUAAGCGGGAAUGCGUACCUUUUGGCAUGCGGCCUGAAGGGGUAGAUGGAGCAUGGGGCACUUGGUCAUCAUGGGGAGAGUGCAGCCGGACCUGCGGGGGAGGUGUCUCCUCAUCCACUCGCUAUUGCGACAGUCCAAGGCCAACCAUUGGAGGAAGAUACUGUCUAGGGGAACGAAAGCGCUAUCGGUCGUGUAACAUUGAUGAUUGUCCCCCGGGGUCAAAAGACUUCCGUGAGCUUCAGUGUGCUGAAUUUGAUCACAUCCCCUUUCGGGGCAAAUAUUAUACCUGGAAGACAUACCGAGGGGGCGGUGUCAAGUCCUGCUCACUCAACUGUUUGGCAGAAGGUUUUAACUUCUACACAGAGAGGGCAGCAGCUGUGGUCGAUGGAACGCCCUGCCGUCAGGACUCCCAUGACAUCUGCGUCAGCGGAGAAUGCAAGCACGUGGGCUGUGACCGCAUCCUAGGCUCAGAUACCAAGGAGGACAAAUGCCGGGUCUGUGGAGGAGAUGGGAGCACCUGUGAAACCAUUGAAGGGAUCUUCAACCAUUCACUACCUGAUGGAGGCUAUGAGGAGGUGAUACUGAUUCCCAAAGGAUCUGUCCACAUUGACAUCCGGGAACUUAAUCAUUCUCUGAACUAUCUUGCUCUGAGAGGAGAAAAUGAUGAGUAUUUUGUCAACGGGAAACUUUCGAUUGACCCUCCCCGGCGCUUUGACAUUGCUGGAACCACAUUUCACUAUGGGCGCUCCCAGGAUGAGCCAGAGUCACUCGAGGCCCUGGGCCCAACUAACAUCACACUUAUUGUUAUGGUUCUUGUGCGAGAAGAAAUGCAGAGGAUCCGAUACAAGUUCAAUGCACCCAUCGUUCGUAAUUCCAUGGCCCAAUAUUUAUGGCAGUAUGUCUCAUGGACAAAAUGUUCUGCCAUUUGUGCUGGAGGCAGUCAAGUUCAACCCGUUGUAUGCAGGAAUCAAGCCGACAGUUCCACGGUGUUUAAUCAUUUCUGCAAUCCCGAAACCAAGCUACCAGAGAGGCAGCGGCUGUGUAACACUGAGCCAUGCCCACCAGCUUGGGUUAUUGGGAAUUGGUCUGAAUGCAGCCGCAGCUGCAAUCAGGGAGUGCGGACCCGAAGUGUGAUCUGUCAGCGCAAAAUCUCCACCACAGAGGAGAAAACUCUGGAUGAUUCCUCUUGCAACUUGCCACGGCCUCAUGUGUUGGAACCCUGUAAUAAUCACUCAUGUCCUCCAGAAUGGGUAGCCCUUGACUGGUCUGAGUGUACUCCAAGUUGUGGACCUGGUUUCCGCCAUCGCAUUGUCCUUUGCAAAAGUGGUGAUCACAGUUCCACACUGCCUACCUCCCAGUGUCCCGAGAGCUCCAAACCCCCAACCACCAUAAGGUGCAGUCUUCGGCGCUGUCCACCCCCACGGUGGGUCACUGGCGAGUGGGGAGAGUGCUCUGGGCAAUGCAGCUUUGGCCAGCAAAGGCGUUCAGUCCAAUGUGUGACCUACACAGGACAACCAUCCAGUGAAUGUGUGGAGACCCUGAAGCCAGCAGCCAUGCAACAGUGUGAAAGCAAGUGUGAUUCUGGACUGACAGAAAACCCUGAAGAAUGCAGAGAUGUCAACAAGGUUGCCUAUUGCCCUUUGGUACUGAAAGCUAAGUUCUGUAGCCGGUCAUACUUCCGACAGAUGUGUUGCAAAACCUGCCAGGGGCAUUAAGCGAACAUUUGGAACUGCAGGAAAACUGGAAAGGCACAGGAGGGGAGGAGAACAGCUGCACCAUUUCCCCAUCUCCAACUGCUCUUUCCCCCAGGAUCAUCAGUGAAGAAGCCAGCACCAUAGGCUUUGGUACUCCCAGGAACCAAUGAAAAUCUAUAUCUUCCCCAUUUGUUAGGGACCGCUAUUAAACCACUGCUGAAAUGUGCACUGAGUUAGACAGUGGCCUAUCAUGCUAGGAAGCACUACACAGAGGCAGGAGGGAGACCCAAUUGAUGGGAAAGCACAUCUAAGUGCAUUACUUGAAAUGCUAACAUUUGUAUUUAUUUUAGUAGCACAGCUGGGUAUCAUGAUUGCUGACCAACUGCAUUCUCACAGCGAUAAUCCCCCCAUUGCCCAACAGGGAAGGAAAUUCAAGUCACCAGCACCCCAUCUAUGUGUUUUAGAUCUUCCCCCUAAAAGCAAUGCCUGAAACUUCCCCAUAGGUAAUGCUGCCUUACAGGCAGGCCUUUGGCAGGGCUACCGAGCAGUGCAGAGAAGAGGACUGGGUUCAGGAGAAAGAAGUGGGAUAGACUCACAAACUAACUUGCAGCUAAAUGGCAGAGAAAAGGCCAUAGAACAGAAAUCAUUGAUUUUUUUUUUCUUGUACCUAACACAAGAAAUCCCAUAAAAUCCACUCGGUUUGUUGUUGUUUUAGCUGUUUAAAAGAAGGGAAAAGACAAAUGAAUCUCCUUACAUGCAUUGGAUGAAGCGUGAGGACAUUCUAGUAGUUUUCUUUCAAAUACAAACAAAAGUUCUGUUGAAAUCUUUUAUUAGCACAGGGUGAAUAUUAGCAGCCAAAAUGCAGAUAUGAGGAAAGGAAGAUCCUGUUUGUUUAUUCGUUGGUUAAUUGUUUGUUAAUACUUUGGCCCUGUGCCAAAUUUAGAUUUUUUUAAGGUGCGCAUUUCAAUGAUAUUUGUUGUGAUUUUUCCAUCUCCUUAUCACUCACUUUAAUCCCCAGCUUUUCAAUGUGCAACUAAGAGUAACAAUAAUUGGUGCUAUGAUUUCAUUGUAACAUCACUUUAGCUUAUUUUUAUUCUAAAUAAUAGGGUGGUCAUUUUUUUUCUGCCAUGGAAGAUUCAUUACUGAUUCAGAUACAACACUAUUAGUCAUGUUUUUGGUUUUCUUUUAAUUGCAGGGAUGACUUUUUUAUGUGGCAUGACGUGUGUAUGUAUGAAAGCCCUGUAUGUUUUAUUAUGUUUUGUUAUCUUUGAAAAUUUUUCAAGGCAGACGCUGCCCAAAUAGAAUUCUGAGUCACGUCCAAUUUAAUUUCCAAAUUUUGAAAAGAAAUGCAUAUAUCAACCAUAGUUCUAAAUGCUUUCAUUCAUCCACAUCUCCUCCCUUUCUUAGCAUUAUCAAUCUUCAUACUAUAUGUGGGCAUCAAAUAAAAUGCUUUUUUAAAAAACGAAUUAACAUAAUGUCAUGUGAAGCUACUGUAUAUUGAUUGUUUUUGUGUAGUGUUUGGCCAAAGCAUAGUAACAUUUCAAAAUACUACACAAAUAGAAUCAUGACAUACAUACAGCAGCAAUCUUCAUUUUUUAAAACUAUAUUUUAUAAAUGCAGAUAUUCAUAUACUGUAUUGCUAGGAUACUUACGACAAAAUUAGAACAGCAGGCUUUCAGUUUCUCUGAUGCUCAAUUUUUGUAAUUCUGUCAAUUUUAUUUGACUCAUUUUCCGUCUUUUUCAUUUUUCUGGUUUUUCUGGUUUUUUAUUUGUAAAUCUUACACUUCCAAACAAUUUUGAGCUUUUUAAAAAAAAUACACUAAAAUUUGUAAAAUUUCUCUGAACAUCCACAUGUGUUUGCAAUUUUGCCUAACGUACAUAGUUUUGCAAGCCACGUCCCCUAUUGCAUUUUUCUAUAUUAUUUUCAAAAGAUGCAUUUUGAAUGAAAUAUUUUCCAGUAUUUUCUAUGAUCAACAAACUACACGGCUCAGAAAAAUACAAAUUUCUCAAUUGGGAUUUAGCUCUUGAAUUUCUUUUCCAUCUCUAAUCAUGACUGGGACUGUCUGUGUGCUUGUGUGUGUGUGUGUGUGUGUGUGUGUACACAAUGUUUUAUCAAUGCAUACAUCUGCACAUUCAUAUUUGUUGACUUUGUACUUAAUGGUCUUAGGGGCAGAGCUCUUUGGAUAAUAUGUAUUUAUUAUAUCACAUAUUUUAAACAUGAUAAGCCAGUCCUACAGUAUUGGGCCUUACUGCUCAUUCUGCGCAGGGAAUUCCAUCCUGCUUGCAUCACUGUAUCCCAGGAGGAAAGCUGCAAAAGCUGCAGCAAAUUGUACUUUAUCCAGUUCUACUAUUUUAGAAAUCCUUCCGGGUGAACUAAAAUUAAGGAGAGAAGAACUCAGUUCAAAGCACAACAAAGGAACAUAGUGAAGGUGGUUUGUUUCUCCCAACCUGCGUCAUACAGUACCUGUGCAUGGAAAGGGCUCCAUGGAGGUCUUUAGCACUCACCUGCUUAUAAUCUAAUGAGGACAACCCCAAACUGGUCCCCUCUCUCUGUGCUGAACUCAAACUCCCAUAACCCCAAGGAUCAGCAUAACUAACAGCCCCAUGCUGGUGCUUUCCAGAUACACUGAGAAAGUGAUUGGUUGUGGAAGGACUGUGUGGAAUUUCACUCAUCUUGUUAUAUUUAUUUUUCUCUUCCCUUUGACAUUUCACCUGAGUGAAAAAAAAAUCUGGAUCCAGUUCAAAUGUCAGGUUGAUGAUAUUCAGCAUUUGACUAGAAAUGUGUAGAAAGAUACAUACAUAUGAAAAUAUGUUCAAUUGUUAUCAAAAAUUCUGUGGCUUUUCAGUACUCUCUUGGGCAGCCUGAGGACAAAUCCUUUAUGUUCAGAUUUGGAUUGUGCUGCAAUAAGAAAAAAGUAUGUGAUGACUGUUCCCAUUCUCAUAAUGUACAGAGUGGCAUUAGGUUGUCCCUGUACAAAGAUCUCUCUCCCAAUACACAGGUAGUCCUUGCUUACUGACUGCCUUGUUUAGUGACUGUUUGAAGUUAUGACAGUUGAAAAAAAACAGCCUUGCACCAAUCCUUGCAUUUAUGGCUGUUGCAGCGUCAUUUGUGAGCUUCACAACUGGCUUCCCACAAACAGAAUUAAUGAAGAAUGUGGAAGUGAGAUUGCAGGUCACGUGAUGUCUCACUUAACAAUCACAGUGAUUCAGUGACAGAAACAGAAAUGAUGUAAGUCUGGCACAGUCAUGUGAUUUUUUCACUUAGCAAUCGUGGCGCUUACCAACGUUGUUGCCAGUCACAAUUAUGGUCAGUAAGUGAGGACUACCUGUAAUCAUUCUGAUUGACUCACGAGAUUAUUUAAAUGAAGUUUAAGAUUUUACUUUUGCUCAAAUAGGGAAUUCUGAUGCUUGCAACAAAGAUUUUUUUUAUAAUUUCAUAUAUAAAUAUACACAGAUGUAUUAUUAUAAUUAUUAUAGAAAUUGUUUAAAAAUCCUAUUUCCAAGACGAAAGCGUUUGAAAGAGAGAGAGAGAAAUUACAGCAUGAGUUUUAUAAUAAAGGACUACCUACCAACCCA